AUGAAAGAGGCACCGGAAUAUCCGGGGACUUCGUACGUACCGGAAGUUGAAGAGGCUGCGCGCAAAUCGCGAGAACGUCGACUCGUCGAAGAAGGAAAUGCGGUGUGGGAACAGCGCAAAGAGGAGCUUUCGCGUCAAAGGCGUCGAGACCAACAGCAGCUGAAAAAAAUGCUGGCGCAGUAUCAUCCUUGGGGAAAGCCGGGGGGUGGCGCUCCCUGUGCGGCAACCCUCCGCAAAAAGAACGUUCGAUUGUAUUCGCCAGAACCUCCUCGCAGAAUUCACAGUUCAUUCAGGGAAUCAAAAUUGCACAACCCACCGACAUAUCGCCAGCUACGUUCUCGUUUCGCCGACGAUAUCUUGAAAUAUGUUUUGCGAAGGAAUCGAAACCCCAGGGCACGAACGAUCGCACGAGGAUUUUCCCUGAUGGCGAGGUUCCUGCGACGGCUCCUCGCCGGGAAGCGAGCUCCAGUUACCCCAAAAAUCAACCUCUGGAUCAAUUGGCUGAGGAAUCGUACCGCAGGAGGCCGGAAAGACAGCAAAAGCACCGAUAUCGCAGACAUCUUGGGUUGGACGAUCCGAUCGCCGCGUAUUGAUCGAAGUGACAUCGACCCGCUGGCUAUUACGGAUAUGAAUAAAUUCUACGACGCAAAAGCGACUUACGGGAUAAGUCCCGAUCCUUAUCCGGGACCAAUGCCGCCUUUGGAUCCGAAGAGUAGAUACAACGAGGACGUCGAGGUUUACAAACUUACCGGCGGCGUUGAAUUGGUACCAUUGCUCACAAGCAGUAGGUACCAAUCGCAUCCUCAAGCCAUUCGUUACCUCGCGACAGACGCCACGAGGCCGGGUUACACCCUCGAAUCUUUGAGAGCUUUGAGGUCUUUUGGCACUGGAAGUCGCGAGUACGUCGCUGAUUUAGCUCAGCAAAUCCACAGGAAACGAGAACGUGUCGUGGAGGAGCAGCGUUGGGAGCAAGAGAAUUGUCGGAGGCAUUAUGACACCUGGAGAAGAUUGUGGGGUCGACCAGGUCACGGGGCGCCGAUGGAUCAUUGUCAGCGUGCAAAUCUCUACAACAUUCUAUACCGACCUGCAAUCUAUUGAAUUCACUUCGUUACGCGGAGCAUAUCGUGCUUGCGAUAUUUUUCGUGCGAGGGUACUUUUCAAUGUCGAUAAAUUGUUUCUCACACCAGAUUCUUGCGUUGUGAUGAACGGAAAAUAAGCCUACACUAAAGCUACGACAACUGUACCUAUAACUAUCAUUUGUUUCUAGUUUUGAUGUGCGAAUCUUCUAAUCGUUGAUUUUAAGUCCGUUGAUCAAUGGAGAAAAACCUUUGAAUCAGGCCAGAAUUUCACUACUCUGGGAGCUUCUUUUUCCAGUCACUAAUCGAUGGUCUCUAAUAAACUUCACUCAACUUUAGAGGGGUU